GUUCUUGGAGACCGCGGCGAGGAGAGCCUAAAGCGGCUGCGUAUGGGCAGCGGUGCCAACAUACAGCUGCUCAGAGGGCCCUUGUUGCCUGCUGCGUUCCGGGCGAGAGACGAGUUUCUCGCUGUUUUUUGGGCGGACGACGGCGCUCGGCUGCGGCGAGCGCUCUCCGGCGUUCUGGAGAAGGCCUUCGCGACACGGCAGGUGGCCGGGGCCGCCCCACCUGCGGAGCCUGCAGCGACUCGUGUGCUGGAGGUGAUGAUCCCAGAAGUGGCGUGUCGGCACCUCAUCGGUGCGCGGGGGGAUCGCAUCAAGCUCCUGCGAGAGGAGUCGGCCUGCGAGAUCCAUCUCUCUCCCGGGAAUGUUGCCGGCAUUGCCGCCCAGCGGCGUGUGAAAUGCAACGGGUCGGUUGCCAGCCUCGUAGAGGCCGCGGCGCGCGUGCACGAGGUGCUGGUGGAAUUUGCGGAGAUUGGGAUCCUCUCGCUGAGGCAUUUCGAUCUCCAAGAGGUUACAGUGGGCGAGCAGGAGGACCCGGCUGUGAACGGUUCGCGCCGCCCUUUGGGCGCAGGCCUUGCUGGCAUCGCGCGCCGCGAGGCACGCAAUGCUCGGGUUGCCGUGCGGCAGCUGGUGGUGGCAGAGGAGUGCGGCUGGCUGAUCGGCAAGCGCGGGAAUAA